CCUCGCAGGGGUAGCUGGGGAAGCCUGCUGAGUGUGGUGCCAAGCGCGCGAGUGGUCUGCUCUUUCCAGUGUUCUCAGCGACGUGGUCACCUACAGCCCAGGUCUGCCCUGCGUCGUCCGGUAUGAUUAUCUGAGAACCGCGGAAGAAAAGACAGGCUCAGGAGAGAAAGUGAUUUACCUAAGGUCACGCAGCCAGCUGGAUCCGUAUUGUUUUUGCUUUCAUCGUUCUCUGCCUUUACCGAAAAACUGCAGAAAAUGAACAAAUCCCAGGGAUCAGUUUCAUUCACGGAUGUGACUGUGGACUUCACCCAGGAGGAGUGGGAGCAACUGGACCCCUCUCAGAGGAUCCUCUAUAUGGAUGUGAUGCUGGAGAACUAUAGCAACUUACUUUCUGUGGAAGUGUGGAAGGCUGACGACCAGAUGGAGAGUGACCACAGGAACCCUGAUGAGCAGGCAAGGCAGUUUGUAAUCCUCAAGAACCAAACCCCAGUUGAAGAAAGAGGUAAUCUCUUUGGAAAAACAUUUAAUCUGAACACAGACUUUGUUUCUUUAAGACAAGUGCCCUAUAAAUAUGAUUUAUAUGAAAAGACUCUGAAAUAUAAUUCAGACUUACUCAAUAGUAAUGGAAGCUAUGCAAGAAAGAAAGGUGAUGAGUGCAGUGGAUUUGAAAAAUCACUCCUAUAUUUGAAGCAAGAGAAAACCCACCCUGGAGUGGAGUACUCCGAGUAUAAUAAAAAUGGAAAAGCUCUCAGCCAUAAGGAAGUCAUUUUUAAACAUCAGAAAAUUAAAAACUUGGUUCAACCUUUUGUUUGUAAUUACUGCGACAAGGCCUUCUCCUUCAAGUCACUCCUCAUUAGUCAUAAGAGAAUACACACUGGAGAAAAACCCUAUGAAUGUAAUGUAUGUAAGAAAACCUUCUCCCAUAAGGCAAACCUCAUCAAACACCAGAGAAUUCAUACUGGGGAGAAACCUUUUGAAUGCCCCGAGUGUGGAAAAGCUUUCACCCACCAGUCAAACCUUAUUGUACACCAGAGAGCACAUAUGGAGAAGAAGCCCUAUGAAUGCAGUGAAUGUGGAAAGACAUUCGCUCAGAAGUUUGAACUCACUACACACCAGAGAAUUCAUACAGGAGAGCGGCCCUAUGAAUGUAAUGAAUGUGCAAAAACCUUCUUUAAAAAGUCAAACCUCAUCAUACAUCAGAAAAUUCACACGGGGGAGAAACGCUAUGAGUGCAGUGAAUGUGGAAAAUCUUUUAUCCAGAACUCACAACUGAUCAUACAUAUGAGAACUCAUACAGGCGAGAAACCCUAUGAAUGCACUGAAUGUGGCAAAACUUUCAGCCAGAGAUCAACUCUUAGAUUACAUUUGAGAAUCCAUACAGGAGAGAAACCAUACGAGUGUGCUGAGUGUGGAAAGGCCUUCAGCAGGAAGUCCCGACUCAGUGUACAUCAGAGAGUUCACAUAGGGGAUAGACCCUGAGGCUGCAACCAGGUUAUACUGGAAAACCUCAUGCCAGAAUCCUUCCUUUGAGUCAGAAACCUCACAAAAGUACUCAAGAAACAUGGGAAUUUGUACUGGAUACAAUCUUAACUCAAAUAUGAUCCCAUAAGACUAUUAUACUGGAAGUUAGAUAUGAUACACAGCUAAAGAAUACAAUCAGAAUAUAUACGGUUGUAAAUAGGCAUACCCAGCUGUAUUACACUGAGGUUCUUUUGGUAUCCUUUUGUAUGGUCUGGGGUUAGAAACCAGGGCCUCAUGUGUGCUUGGUAGGGGGUCUACCAUUGAGCUACAUCCCAGCCCACAGUGAGCUUUUAAAAAUGUUGAAUGAAUUGAAUAUUCUGGGCAGCACCAUAAAGCAUAUAUAGACAGUACCCUUGGAAUUUAUGUGUGAGUAUGCCACAAAAGCACCAAUUAUGUUUUAAAUCUGCACAUGUGUAGUUAAUAGUCACUGGGAGUUUGACAUUCUUGUCUUCUGUGAUAAUUAGGAACAAGAUUUUCCAUACUAAACAUCACAUGUGUUUCAGCACCUUCCCAACCCAUUUUAAAGUAGCAUGUAGUGUGUGUUUUCUCCUACUGCUUGCUGGCAUAUGUACGUUGGUGUGACCAUUUUUAUUGAGCUGUCUCUUCACUAAAGAGAUGGCAGUGUUGUUGGAGUCUUCACUUGCUUCUGGAUUUGCAGAUUUUCCAGAUUUAUAUAAAUAUGCAAGUGUAAAGUAGUUAAGAGAUCACAUGAGUGAAAGGAGGCAGAUGUGAACUGUGCAUUACAGGACAAAAAGUGUGCCAUAAAUGAAUAUCCUCAUCCAUCAUGACCUGGUUCUUUUUCUGUGGGGUGUUUACGUGCAAAUGCAUGUUUUCUACCAAAAUAUUCUGUAACCCAAAAAAAUUAAACUUAUUUUUGUGUGUUUCUGUUUCUAACAAUUUAUGAAUUGUCUUGCAAAGAAAGUAGGGUGCUUACAUAGCUCAUAGAUGUUACAUUUCAGAAAUUUUUAGAGGAAAAAAAUUAUUUUAAGGAAACUCAAGAAUUGUCUGUUUCAUUGCUUUUUAAAUUUUUCAUGUGCAUAAUUCACUUUAGAAAUGAGUUUUGUAGUAUCCUGUUUAAAGGACACAUUUCUACUUCAACCUAAAGCAUUUCCUGUGGAGCUUCACUUAGCAUAAGCUGUUACCUUUCCCUUCAGUGUUCCCACUUUAUAGAUUAGCCUUCUUAGUGAUUUUUCCAUAAUCUUAAUGGUUAACAUUGAAAAUU